AAUAACACUCUAUUGGAUGGAAACUUCUUCUCCUAUACCGGCAUGAGGCCACUCGUUAACUCUCCUCCACCAACAAAUUUCACCGUCACGAAAGCAACCAUGGCUGAGUUCCCUGCCCUUAAUGGCCAGAGUGUUUCCUAUGCUGUGUUAGAGUACCCUGCUGGCUCUGUUAACCCUCCUCAUACGCAUCCUCGUGCCGCCGAGCUUUUGUUCCUCACCUAUGGCAUACUUGAAGUUGGAUUUCUUGACACCACUAACAAGCUGUUUACACGAAGGCUUCAAGCUGGUGACAUGUUUGUGUUUCCCAAGGGAUUAGUCCAUUAUCAGUUCAACUGCGCCGAGAACGAUUCAGCUAUAGCGGUUUCGGCCUUCGGUAGCGCAGCUGCCGGCACUGUCUCGGUUCCUUCUACGGUGUUUGCGACGAACAUCGAUGAUGACGUCUUAGCAAAGUCUUUCAAAACGGAUGUUGACACAAUUCAGAAGCUCAAAGCAGGGUUCCAACCUAAGGCCUGAGAUGGGGGAUUCUAAGUUAAAUAUGUAUGUUUGGUCUAAUUCUGCUGCAAAGUGGGGAUUUAUCAU